CGGAGCCUCUCCGUGGGCGCCUCGCGUCGCCGCAGAUUGCCGUGGAUGAUGGCCUGCGUCUGACAGUCCCCUCAGCUCUGCCCAGCUCUCCUGAAACUGCAGCUGUCAGCUUCCCAUCCUCAGCACUUGCCUGGGCCUGUGCAGUCUACCAGGCCCUCUGCAGCCAUCCCUGUUCUGUUGUGUCGUGCAAGCCGCUUCUGUCCACGCCCCCUUCGCACUGGCUUGCGCCCCCCACCGGCUUGCGCUCCCCACCCUUCUCCCAUCUGCUCCCAGCAUGCCCCGUGGCCAGUGCCAUCGGCUGGGCCCUUGCGAUCCCACCCAGGCAGUGGCCAGUUACACCAGUGCACACCCUUGGCAGCAGAUGGACUGGGCCUCCUCUGAGGUGGGGUGCAUCCCCCUUGUGGACCCCUGGAUCUAGCGGCCCUGCUGUGGGGACCUGUGCGCGCACACAGCCGUGGAGCAGAGGAGCACAGCUAGUGGCACUCCCAGUGGUAAGCCCACAGAAAGGCAUCCCUCGGCUGUGCACGUGCCCAGCUCCCGGCCCCUCGGGGUGAACUUCCACUGGGUGCCAGGCUGGGACCCAGGCACCUUUGACAGCUCCGCUUGGCUGCUGGACCACUUUUUGGCCCAGCUGGGCGAUUACAUGUCUUUCCGUUUCGAGCACUACCAGGACAACCUCAGCUGCAUCUGUGAGAUCCUCUGAUGCCUGAGAGGCCACGCCCGGGUGUGGGCAGCCCCCUACUUCAACAGGGACCUGCCCCUGCGUGAUGAUUACGAGCUCUUCUGCCAGAAUCUCAAGGAAGUUAUUCAGGACCCGAACAAUUUCACUGAGCACCACGCUACAGUGCCCUGCCCUCUGCCCCUGGCCCCAGGCCAGCCGCCGGUGGCCCCGCAUCUGCCCGUGGUGAGGUAGUACCUGGCUCGGUUCUCGGAGGCCCUGGCACUCAACGUGGGCAGCCCCCCUAGGCCUGCUCCAGCCACCCCUGCAGUUUCUAGGUCCAGCUCUACAUCCAGAAAUGCUCCACCCGGGCAGCAGCUCACCAAGGAGAGCACCCCUGGGCCUGUGGAGCCAGCUUCCUCUCGGCCAGAGGAGGCAGCCCCCAAACGUCCUACCCUUUCAGGCUCUGCCAACCCCCCUGCUCAGAGAGCAGACCCAGCUUGCCCAGGGGGUCCAAAGCCCCAGAGAACAGAGAAGAUUUGAGACCAGGAGGGGUCCUUAGGUACCCCAUGGGAGGUGGUGGGUGCCCCAGCAGCCCCAGGAGAGCCACCAUUUUCUCCUGUUUCCCACCUGGCAUCCGUGAGUUCUGAACAAGGCCCAGGCCAGGCCCCCCGUGAUGAAGUGGCCUAUGUGGGCAGAGAGCCCUAUGGCUCCAGUCAAAACAGAGUGGUGUCCCCAGAUAAUUUCAGAUGACCCCAGAGUGGGUAAGGAGGUACACUUGUUUUGGCCCCUGCCCAAAAAACUGUUGAACACAAACAGCCCUCCCUGUCCCCGGCAGAACCUUGGCCUCUGCAUUGUGCUUUGUCCUCCUGCUCCUGCUGGGUUCUCAGCUGUGUCCCACCCCUCCCUGGGAGUGCCAUCUCUGCUCCCUGUGACUUCUGUGCUCCUGGCUGGAAUGUAGGGAAGGCUACCUGGAGGAAGUGGCCCCUUUCAUCUUUGGGUUAGGUGUCAGAUAGUGUCAGAGAACAGUGCUUCCCUGUGGGUUUACCAGCAGCCCUGGUCCGCUGGGAGGUUUGGGUGCAGGAAGGUGGGAUGCAUGUCCCUUCCCAGGCUCAACUCCAGUUCCUUCUCCUGUGUGUCAGCGUUCUGGUCUUGCCUGGUUUUCUUCAGAAUUGGCCCCUCCCCCCCACUACUGUGCUGCCUCCCCUAUGCGUCUUCCUGCAUCGCUGAUUCAGCACUUAAACCGUGGUGACUUGUGUUUCCUGGCAGACUGUGGGCCUCUGUCUUAGUCAGCUCUGUGGCCGUGGUACACAAUUGGUGCUCAUUAAAUGUGUGUUGGAUCAUUGGCUGA